UGGCGGAGAUAGGUUUUCUCUUCUGUCGGCGUAGGGUUUCGGCGCUCAGCCACUUCCUCUCCGGCCUCCCCGGAGAGGAGACUUUCGGAGUCGCGGCGCCUCCUUCCAUCAGCACCCCGUGCUCGAUGCUUCCCGCCUCGGCCCGUCCCCGAGCCUCUGCCCGCCCGCUCCGCCCGCGCGGGUCUCGGUGGUGGCUCUGGGUGCCCUGUGGAGGCGGGGCCUCUUUUCCUUCCGCUGUGCGCCUUUCUUCAAAAGCUGCCAAAGCAACCUUUGUGUCUCUUCCCUAGAAGGAGAAGCAUUUACGUUCUGGUAAACGGCCCCAGCGCCCUCUUCUCCUCACCGACCUGGAGAUUGCGGCGCGUUCUGAGAGAUGUUUGAUGAUUGAGGAAAAAUGUCUGUUGCUGAAUGAUUAAUGUUGCAAACCAGUUACCCAAACGUUCUAGUAGACAAAGAGAAAUUGAGAUCAACCUCUUAAUUUAUUCACAAGCUUCUCUGGAGUGAUCUGAGCAAGAAAUGGAAUGUUCUGGAAACUUUCACGAUCAGAUUCCCAGGAUGGCAGCCCUUGAUCUGACUCAGUUUAUAGGCCUGCGAUUGUUGGAAUUGGAUUGGCUGUUCAGAGUUGAUGCCAUUCUUCUUCUUUCUGAGGUCUGCUUUCUUGGGACCCAUCCUGUCUUCACAAGAGGAAAACCAAGGAGGCACGGAUGGUGGCUGAGUUACUGAUGGGUUCUUCUCAGCACUUAGUGACCUUCGAGGAUGUGGCUGUGAACUUUACCCAGGAGGAGUGGACUUUGUUGGAUCAAACACAGAGAGAUCUCUACAGAGAUGUGAUGCUGGAGAACUACCAGAAUCUCAUGGCACUAGCAGGGUCUGAAUCAUGCAAACCCCAUCUCAACUCUCCUUUGGAAGGAGCAGAAGAGCUGAGGAAAAGAGCAAGAAGAAUUCUGCAGAGUGAGUUCAUGGCAGAAUCGGAUUUGCAGCUUAAAACCAAAGGUUCCGUGCCUCUUCAAGAUAUUUCUGUGGAAAAAACAUCAAAUGGAAUACAAUUGGAGAGCAGUAAUGCUGGACUGAAACCAUACGGCUUUAACCUGUGUGGAAGAGUAUUUAGAGAACACUCGUUUCUUAUGACACACAUGAGAACUCACAUUAGACAGAAAACUACUAAGGGUCAUCAGAGUGGAAAAGCCUUCAAAAAGAACUCUAUUCAUACUUUACUGAAGGAAACCAGUGUCAGGGGGAAAACUUCCGAGUGUGUUCAACAUGAAACAGUCUCCGGGCAGCUUUCAAAUCUCACUGGGCACCAAAAAAUGCAGACAGGAGGGAAAGUGUGUGAAUGCAAAGAUUGUUGGAGAACUGUCGUUAAUCAGUCGUCGCUGAAGGUACGUAGGCGAUACCACACUGGAGAGAAGCCCUGUGUGAGUAAAGAAUGUGGGAAAGCCUUCACUCACCUUACAGAUCGUCUUGGAAUUCACAGUGGGAAAAAGCCCUACUUGUGUAUGGAGUGUGGGAAAGCCUUUACUAGAUCCACAGGACUCAUUUUACACAUACGAAUUCACACCGGAGAAAAACCAUUUGAAUGUAAGGAAUGCGGGAAAGCUUUUAUUCAUUCCUCCUACCUUACAAAACACGUAAGAAUUCACAGUGGAGAGAAACCAUAUUUAUGUAGGGAAUGUGGCAAAACUUUUACUCGUUCCUCAGGACUUGUCUUACACAUGCGAACACACACUGGAGAAAAACCCUGCAUAUGUAAGGAAUGUGGGAAAGCCUUCAAUAAUUCCUCGAUGCUUAAUCAACACGUGAGGACGCACACUGGAGAGAAGCCGUAUGAAUGCAAGCAGUGUGGGAAAGCUUUCACUCAGUCAUCAGGCCUUACUACACAUUUAAGGACUCACACUGGAGAGAAGGCCUAUGAAUGUAAAGAAUGUGGGAAGGCAUUUGCUCGGUCCACAAACCUUAACAUGCACAUGCGAACACACACAGGAGAAAAGCCGUACAAGUGCAGAGAAUGUGGGAAAACCUUCAGGUACUCCACAUGCCUUAAUAUUCACAUGCGAACUCACACUGGAGAGAAGCCAUAUGAAUGUAAGGAAUGUGGGAAAACCUUCACUCAGUCUUCAGCACUUGCUAAACACCUAAGGACGAAGGCAUGUGAAAAGACCUGUAAAUGCUCCUUGGACCUUGGUAUUCACAUCUGAACUCAUCUGGAUAAGGACUUUGUGAAAGUAAAAAUGUGAGAAAGCUUUAUACUCAGUUUUCAUCCUUACAUGCUGUGUGGGAACUUACCUGGGGCAGAAUCUGAAUUCAUAUAUAUAAGGUGUGUGGGAGAGCAGUGCUCGUUCCCACCUUCCAACAUGUGUAAGAACUCACGCUUCAGAGGAAAACCUAGUUAUAAGGCAUUUGGACAAGCCUUUUUGUUGUUGUUCUGAUGUUAAUUUUACACAUCUGAAAUUACUGUAAAAGCCAUUUGAAGGUAAAAAUGAGAUACAGCCUUAAAUUAUUUCACAUGCUUUAAAAGCACAUGAUAACUCACACUGGGGAUAAGUCAUAUAUAUGUAAUGAAUAUGGUAAACCUUUACUUAGUGUUAAGGCCUUAAUAUCCACAAAAGAUUUUGGCAUAAAACCUUAUGAAUGUGAAGGAUACAGGGAGACCUUACACUUACUUUUCAUAUCUUUUAAGAACUCAACAUUAAAAAAAACUCACAGGACAGAGAUGCCUUCUACAUUAAGAAAUCUGAGAGGUCUUCAGAGAUUCCUGAAAGCUUAGCAUAUAAGAAGACUCAUGAAUGUAAGAAACGUUAAAAAUCAUUCUUGUGAUGGGGACAGGGUAUAGCUCAAGUGGUAGCAUGCAUGAGGCCCUGGGUUCAAUCCCCAGCAUCUCCAUUAAAAGUAAUUAAGUCAAUAUACCUAAUUACCUCCAACCCCCCCCCCAAAAGACAAGGGGAAAUAAACCCCUAGAUAUUGGGGAAUGAAGUAAAGAUUACAUAAAUUCUAUAUAUGUUUGUCUGUAUAAUGUGUAUAUGUAUAACAUUUUAAUAUAAGUGCAUAAUAAAUGAAUUAUAUAUAUUGUGUAUAAAUUGCAAAUUAAAACAGAUCUAUGAUUUGACCAAAUUGGAUAUUAAAACUAAUUUAUAUAAGUUAACGUAAUUUUGAUGUAUGAAGAAACUGUAAUAAAGUUUAUAUACUAAAAAGUGUAUAGAA